AUGGACGCCCGACCAGGAAUGCAAGAUGUCUUGGGCCAACUCCCCUUACUUAAGGCCUAUACUCAUCUUCUAUUAUGUUUCCCCUUUCCAAACCACUUUGACCGUCAUAGAACAAUCAACGCCCUCCAGAUUGCCAUCCAUCGAAUGAUCCUUGCAUUUCCAUGGCUCGGUGAUUGUGUUCUCCACCACGGAGUUACUGCUGCAUCGUCCGGUAUGUUCACCACUGCUCCUCAUCGCGGCCCAGUAGUGCCUGAGAUCCUGGUCGUUAAGGAUCACUCGGAGAUGCUCCCGACCUAUCAAGAUAUCGUCUCCACCAAAGGUGCAAUCUCAUCAUUCGACGGCACGGUUCUGUCCCCUCGAAAUGCGUUUCCACAGAGUUAUGACGAGUCAGAGGCUCCGGUGUUACAAUUCCAAGUGACUUGGAUCCAAGGCGGACUGUUGCUUGACUGCGCCGCUCAACAUAAUAUGCUUGAUAUGACCGGCAUCGGACAGGUCUUUCGACUCCUUGCCAUUUGUCUUUGUGGGGAUCAAUUCGCCCCUGCCACUAUUGAAUCAGGCAACCAGGAUCGGUCCACUAUCUUCCCUCUACUUGGCCCAGAUGAACCGCGACAUGACCACAGCCACAUGCGAUGUCUUCCAGUGUCGCAACGACCACCACCACAACCACCCAAGGGUCCUCCCUCCCAAUGGACUUAUUUCCGCUUCAACGAAUCAACUCUCGCAACUCUCAAAGCUGCCAGUCAAAGCGAGUCCUCGUCGCCGUCCACUGACGACGCCCUAAGCGCCUUUAUCUGGAGAUCCAUCGGCAGGGUCCGCCUCUCACGAGGCCAACAACCAGAUACAACCGCCAGAUUCUGUCGAGCAAUUGACUGCAGACAAGCAUUGGGGGUGUCGAAAGAAUACUUGGGCGACGUAGUAACCAAUGCUCAUACCAGCAUGACAUUCCAUGAACUCACUACAUCAUCCCUGUCAGUUGUGGCAUCGCGGAUGCGGGAGAAUAUCCAAAAGAUCGGUCGGAACAGUCAAUAUAUCCGUAGUUUCGCUACUCUUAUCGCCGAGGAGCCAGAUAAGUCGACGAUUAGUUAUGUUGGGACGUUUAAUCCAGACCAUGAUAUCGGGUCAUCUUCCUGGGCAAGACUGGAUCUGUAUAGUGUAUCAUUUGGAGGACUUGGAAAACCGGCAUUGAUUCGACGGCCAGAUUUUGUGCCUGUGAGAGGAUUGAUUUAUUUUAUGCCAAAAACAGAAGAUGGUGAUAUUGAUGCUCUGGUAUGUUUGAACGAGGGGGAAUUACAUGACCUAAAGUCGGAUGUGGAAUGGAGUCAGUAUGCAGAAUGGAUUGGUUAG